GAGACUGUUCCUAAGUGUUAAUUUACAAUAAAUAUGGCAGACACUGAAGUCCCAGAAAAUGAUCCGAACGAGAUGGCACAGGAAGAAAUAACAAUACCGGCGACGCAUACCGGGUUUCCCCCGUAUCCGCCAUAUGCUACGGAACCAGCUCCACCAUCCGUCGCAGAUACAAUAAUUGCUGGACGCGAUCUUCGAGUUCAGUAUAAGUCGACUCCGAAACAGUCCGUUCGACCUCCACCUACACCAGCAAAACCUAAGGGUCCAAAAGCAACGGAUGUAAAAAUGACGAAGCGAAUUGCGCGAGCGCAUACCCGUUGCUUACGGCGACAUGGAGCUAUAUUAACGGACCGCUUAGAGCACAUGUCGAAACCUCCGCGCCGUAGCAUUAUUUAUCUUUGGCGAGAACGUGCUCAUAGUCUUCCAGCCGAAACUAUUGCACGACUCAGAGCAAUGCUAGACGCAGACGAGCCGUUUAAGCCCGAUCAGGCGUAUGAAUAUUUCGUUAACGUUAAAAAGACGAAGAAAAAAGUAAAUCGGAUUAGCGGUGUGAAUCUUAUAAAGAAGAACGUUUUUACUAUGUGCGGCGAUAAAAGGUUUGAAUGGGCGCGUAACGCUACGGUAGCAUUUGCUCGAGGGAUCCAACUAAGGCUCUCCAGACCUGGCACUUAUGUUCUAGCUGAUGGAAUGUUGCGGUUAUCAAAUAUUAUCUUAGAUGACAUCUGUGGGUAUAUGAAUAUAAAGACUCCAUCCAGACGCUGCAGUCAUCCUAAAGCAAAAUUUAUGAUGGAAAUGGCAGAUAAGGUAGCAGUGUGGAUAGAUGAGAUUCUUGCGGAGAGUGAAGAUCGCAUGCUGAUGAUGGAUGUUGAUGAAGAUUUCGAAGUGGCGCAAACCUUUGCUGAUGGUGCUAUAUCCGACAUGGACGACGGUACAGGCGUAAAGCGUUCGACAUCUAAUACACCUGGAGCUACCACUAGCAAUACAAGUGGAGCUACGGCUACAUCUACACCUAGAACAUCAAAAACCAAUGUCCCUAAAGAAUAAAUGUACUGAAAGCCGAUGAAACAAAAGUUACAGGUUUCACAGACGACUUUCUAAACAUGAUGGGCGAUGAUGCAAACGAAAUAAAAGAAGAAAAAAAUAUUAACACUUUAGAAACAGUCCUUCAUGACGAUUAUGAAACAAGGCCAGAAUCUACUGCGCCGA